GGGGACAUCCGGGAACGUUGGGCCCUGAGACGGAGUCCACAAAACACAUUUAUAGACUGUUUUAUUGGUUAUAAUAUAAAAAAAUAUUUUAUAUUUUAUUGUAUAUUAAUUGUAUUCAAUUAAAUUAAAAUUACUGAACAGUUAUUGAUUCUUUGCGGAGGUCAACCAGAAGUUACAAUGGGCCACGUAACGUAGCUGUCGUUGAAACCACAGUACAUAAAGAUACUAACUCGUAAUCUGAAAGGGCAAGGUGCCGCUUGAAUACACAGUGUUGCAUCAUUUAGUGGAACCCAUUUUGUUAGAAAAACAAUAACAUUAAAACACCCUUGAACACAUGAGGUUAUUAAUAGUGGUAGGAAAGUAUUAGAAAGCUUAACCUUAAGUAUUAUGGACAUGCGUGUGUUAUGACAUGUCCUAGCAACCGCAUAGCAACACAUUAACAACUAUGCAGAAAACUGCAUGGUGACAGUCUGGCAUUAUAGCGAGUUCAGCUUACAUUUGAAAAGCGUAAAAAUCUCUGAUGGUUUGUAGAACAUUCUGGAACUGUUUACAGUAGAUCUGUGGCGUGAGAAGUCAAAAUCAAAUUUAAACCAGCAAAGUAAAACUAUUUGGAUUGCCUGCUAAUGAACAUGCAUAGUGUGUGGUGUAACAUUGUGGAGAUAUUGCACUGUGUUGUAUUGCUUGCUUUCAUUUUCAAAAUAAAAUAGUCACCUCAGGUCAUUCUAUUUAAUAAAUACUAACACACGAAAAGACACACACACAAUCAAAUAUACAGUGUUGUAUCCAGACCCAUAAAUCAAAAUGACCAUUUCAUCUUCUAUAGGCUAUAAAGACAAACUUUACAAAACUCUACAAAAGAGUCAAACUUUGUGGUGUUUGUGCCUUCCAGCCUUUUAUUUGCUUAUCUGAGACAGCGCUUGGAUUUGUAAAGGUCCAUUUCAGGUCACCAUGAGCCUGCUUAAUGAUCAACUGCUCAAUAGGAGUACUAUAAAAAAGGUUUUAAAAAAAUCCCUAAAGCCUUUCUCAUACACAAAGGAUGGCAAGGAUCACAGCAGUCUGGCCAAUAACCAUGAAGUUGGUUUUGCUGUUCGCUUUUCUGGCUGCAUCUCAGUCCAUGCCCACUGAACCCAUCCUACCUGAACUUCAGAUAGAGACGCGGUCGCGCUUUGCAGCUCUGGAUGAAGUCCAGCUUCUGGCGAAUGGCCUGCUACAGCUGGGCAGUAGCCUGAGGGACUUUGUGCAAAAUACAAAGAAUCAGAUCAAUGAUAUUUUCCAAAAGCUCACCAUCUUUGACAAGUCCUUUUACCAGUUUUUUGUGCUGACCAGCGAGAUCAAGAAGGAGGAGGAGGAGCUGAAAAAGACCACUGUAAUCCUGAAGGCAAACAACGAGGAAAUUAAGAGCCUAUCGUUGGAGAUCAACUCCAAAGUCAAUGACAUCAUCAAUGAGAGAAACCACCUGAGGACGCAGGUGGGCAGAGUGGAGGAGAGGUUAAGCAGUCUGUCCCAGAGUUUGCUCUCGGUUGACCAGCAUGCAGAAAUCUCCACACUCAAGGAGGUAAUCCAGACCCAGGAAAGAAGCAUCACUGAUCUUUUGAAGACUGUUAAUGAACAAAGAGAGCAGCUCAAUAACCAAGGGACCAAGAUCAAGGGCCUGGAAACUAAGCUCGGCUCUGCAUGGAUCCAGGAAACUGCUGAAAAUUUUGAAAGGACUCUUCAAGCCAACAGCUUCUCUGGAUACCUACCAUACUACACAUCUGACGGAAGUUUCUCAAGCGCUCUUCCGAGGGAUUGUGGUGAGGUUUUCAACAGAGGACACAAGUCUAGCGGCCUGUACGCCAUUAGGCCACACCAGUCAGAAGCCUUUCUAGUGAAUUGUGAAUUCACUGAGGAGGGAGUGUUUACUGUCAUCCAAAACAGACAUGACGGCUCUGUGGACUUUGACCAGUCCUGGGAGAAGUAUGAGGACGGAUUUGGAGACUUCAGUGGCGAGUUCUGGCUGGGGCUAAAGAAGAUCUAUGCUAUUGCCCAUCAGGGAAACUCUCACCUGCAUAUCCAGAUGGAGGAUUGGAGGAAAGAGAAGCAUUUCAUUGUUUAUCAGUACAUCCUGGAGGACGCUGCCUCCAACUUCACCAUCCACCUGAAGCUGCAGUCGGUUGAGGCUGUGGACGAACACAUUGGCUUGAGGUUUUCCACUAAAGACCAUAAUGAUGGAAAUCUUGAUCCUAACUGUGUUCAAGACUACACGGGUGGUUGGUGGUUUAGCAUUUGUGGUGACAUUAACCUGAACGGCAAGAGUAUUCGGAGCAGACCUCGUAAAAAGACAAGCCACUGGAAACCUGGCAAGAGAACCACCAGCUUCAAGUCCUCAAAAAUCUCCAUUAGUCAUCUCACAAACCCACAAACCCCUUAAUAUCAGUAUGUGCCGAAACACUGUAUGUUGCUGCUGAAAUGAUCAGACCUCUAAUACACACAUCCAUCAACGAACA